CCGACUCCGAUAGGAGACUUUUCGAAAAAACUUGGAACAGUUUGUGGCAUGUUGGAGUGGUUGUACCACUUGUAUUGAUUAUGGUCCAGGACAGAUGUGAGUGAUUACAGGUUCAGGAAGGAAGUAUUUAUAUGAGAGUCAUGCUCGUAGUAGACUUGUACCUAUGGUUUGUAUUGAUAUACGGUACUCGUCCUCGUACAAAGGAAACGGGUCCUACUCUACGGAGCAGGUGAAGGAGCGUGAGGAGCAAGAGGAGGAUUGGUCGUGGAAAGUGCGUUGCGUCAUCACCUUGAGGUGAGAGAGAAUCUGGGGAACAUGACGAUGAUGUAGGAAGGCGCCACUGUCCUGGCCUGGGGGUACGGGGACGGGGACGGGGACGGGGACGGAAUAUGGUACGAGUACACGAAUCUCCAUAGGCAGACCGAGUGGGCAUAGGAUUUGCAUGUAACUCUUGGAAUCCCAUCACUCUGAUCUCCGUUGCUGUACGGAGUACUUAGACUCAGGUUGCCACGACCACGACUCGCUUUGCCUUCUCUCAAACUUCUUUCAUAGCAAACAAUUCAAACCAUCGUCGCUAUCCAGUUCAUGUGCCGCAGCAGGUGCGGGUGCAGGUGCAGGUGCCGUACGCGGUACAAUACUUCUCAAAGAAGCUUCAACCCGCCUUCCACAUAAUUGCGGCCUGGCGAUCAACCAUACUCCCAAGAACUUGAGUUUGAGGUUGCACUUGCACUUCGGAUCGUUCACCCCAAACUCACAUUCACAUUCACUAUUCGACACUUCGAUCAUUCCAACACGCAGACCAAGUCGCGGAAUCUGCGGAAUACACCCCUCCUCCAACAUGCGCCGAUUCGCACCCGAAUGAUCAUUAAACUUUCGCCCUCCUAUCGAUAGCUUCCUGAUUAUCUACGCGAUCACAUACCCGAGUGGACAUCAUCAUGUCGGAACGGUCUCCAUCGCCCCCAUCACGAGUGACCAAGUUAUUCAAGGCCAGGACGCGCGAGCGAAGGAGCGCUGCGAACUCCCUCAAGAGCGAGACAAGCGACAACAGCCACCAGAGCCAUGGCGUCCGAGGUUCCGUGGAGGGUGCGAUCGAAAGGCUGAAAGGUAGUACGGGAUCGGAUGAGGACGAUGAUAGUCAUGAUCCUGAUCAAUCGGCGGGAGGCAUUAAAAAGCUCAUCCCCAAAGGGCUUGUGUCGAAGCGACGACGACGAAAGCAAUCAGAGGCGUCUGCGACCGAGGAGGCAGAGGCGGAGCGAGGUCGAAGCAUUGCGAAUCGUGGGAGGCUGGCCAACGACAGUGACAAAAGUCUGACCUUGAGCCAGGACGAUGUCGACGAGUUGGGCAAUUAUAAUCUUUCCAAGAACAGCUUGAUCACAAUCGACUCGGAUCCAGAGUCGUAAGUUCUCGUGUCUCUUUCAUUUGCCAUUGUCUUGCUUUUGCUCCUUUCUUUUCCCAGUGGCUGUGCUGUACUCGUAUACUGAACGUACUGCAAUGCAAGUUGCCCUGCACUGCGAUGCGGUGAUGCCUUGCAAUGCCUGGCGCUGCGGUGGUCAUCCUGCUGCAGUGUCAUGGCACUGUAGCUACAGUAAUUUGCUGCACUUGGUGAAGUUGUCGCGGAAGCUAGCCAAGACAUGACAGCACAGCUCAGCUUUUGGUUCCCCUCCAGCUUUUCACCCUUUACUUCGUACAAACUCCAGGUCCAUGCUUCUGCGUACUCCAUAUGCUCUUUAUACCACUUCUCGUACAAGUAUACCCAACUCGUGUACUCGUGCUGGCGUCAUAAUUGCAUCUGCAACUUUUGCUUGGACCAGCCUGACCAGUGUGCAUCGUUAAUCCUUCACAAAGUGGCGUGUACUAAUUGAACGCUCCCUCUAAUUCGAUCGUUUUGAUUUCACAGACCCUUCGAAACACCACCGCCGCUGUCAACACACCCAUCCCACGCUGGGUAUCUGACCACGUCGUCACCCCUGGUGCAGAGCUCCAUAAUCCCCGAGACGUCACACAUCCAUACUUUCGACGGUACCACCUCCAAGUCGGCGGAUUCGAUUAACAUCGUGGCUGCCUCAGACUCAACCGCUUCAGCCUCUGACAAGCUCCAAGCCCCUUUUAAACCACAAAAGCGAUCGCCCUCACCCGUCGGCAGAUUGAAGGAGAAAUUGACUGGGCGGAGGGGAGCUAGUCCCAAUCCUAGUCCCAAUCGAAGUCCGGAACGAAACGCUGGCAACGCUGGACUCCCGGCAGUACAAGACAAAGAUAAUAAUAAUACUGGGCAUAAUAGACGUGGGAGUGGAAGUGUAGUCUCGAGAAUUUUUGAGAAACAAGGCCAACAAGUAGGAUCCGUUAAUUCCUCGCCUGAGCGGCCACGACGCAAUUCAAGACCUCAGCCAAUAGACACGAAUGCGAGGCCACAAACACCGCCCCCGGGAGACAAGGCAGCCCCAUUAAUUGUUAACACUCCCCCAACACCAACUGACGAACAAGCACGCCGCUUCGCGACUCGAGAUAGGCGCGAUUCUGAUCCUGUUCCAUCCAGCCCAGAUGUGGUGAUUUCCCCCUCGGGGAACAUGAUAUCACAUCGAAGAGUAAGAUCAAACUCUGCUGCUCUAGGCCCCAGCAAACUAUCGAAUAUCACAUCUGCACCUCUUACACCAACAUUUGAGGACGCUGCAAUAACCCCAGCCCCAGGUCAAGGAGGGUUUUUUUCCACCGUCUUUUCUGCUGCCCAAAACGCUGCGAACACACUGAGCAACAGUAUCGCCAACACCUCGGUUGCGCCAAACGGGAACAAGAACAAAGGUGGCAGCACACAAGAAUUGAAGGAUAUCGUGGAAAGUCCAGAGGUUGAAACACUGGCGGAUAAGACGAAUUCGAGUACCGCAGAAGGGGAGAAGGAGUUGGCAGUAAAGACCUUAGGUAUGGGGGACCUCAGCCUAAGCCAUCUUGGCAUUACAGAGACGGCCAGUGCAUCAACUACCCCGAUUGCCUCAAAAUUCCCAGAUGAUGCUCGUAAACGCCCCGAGGACAACAAGUUCAAGAAUGACUUGUCAACCGAGGAUUCAUUUGGAAGGCCCUCGACGGCACCCGUAUCUGCAGCCGAGCCCCUUGACCAUACAUCGGCACCGGUUAUAGAAGAUACUACAGUCAGUGCCCCGCGUUCAAAUUAUGAUCCUUCCGCCGGAGAUCGAACUCCGCCUAAUGGCAGUGUAUUUGAGGGUAGAGGUGCUGUUCACCGCAGUGGCAGUGUUAGGAGCGCAGGAUAUGGUACUCGCAGGAAGCGAGGCAGCUCUGCCGCGACCGGUACAACCAUUGGGGCCGCCAUCGUAGCAUCGCAUUCAUCUUUGACCAGUCCUGGUGGUAGCACUACCCCAAAAGUCACCGGCUUCGCCGUCGCAAGCAAAAAGAGAAACCGGGACUUCCACAAUCUUUUCAGAAGUGUGCCGGAAGAUGAUUAUUUGAUUGAAGACUACAGCUGCGCUUUGCAACGAGAAAUCCUUGCUCAUGGGCGCUUAUACGUCUCCGAAGGCCAUCUAUGCUUUUACAGCAACAUUUUUGGAUGGGUCACAACCUUAGUGAUGAGCUUCGACGAAAUUGUCUCGGUGGAAAAACGAAGUACUGCCUUGUUGUUCAAGAAUGGACUCAUGAUAUCUACUUUACAUGCAAAGAACGUGUUUGCCAGUUUUACCAGCCGAGACUCUACCUACGACUUGAUAGUUGGCAUUUGGAAACUUGGGCAUCCCAGCUUGCGAAGUUCUCUCAAUGGAGUGAGUAUAGAGGAGACUGGUGGUGGUGACAAAACGGAGAAAUAUGACGGAGAUGCUCCUGUUGUUGCAGCAAGCCAGAGUGGGUCUGAUUCUGAAUCUGAUGAAGACGGGGACGAGGUCUAUGAUGAAGAUGAAGAAGACGAGGAUGGUAUGAGUUUUGAGCAAGCGGAGGGAAGUGUUGCCGGCAGCGAAGUUGCAGAAAAGGUUGUAAGCCGGAAGGCUUCCGGAGCAGUUGUGCUCAACGGUCCUGCUGAAAAAUCCAAAGACGACACUCCAGCCGCCCCCGUUGGCGACUUUCCUGGUCCUGCCACCCAUGGUCCUACGUCAUGUGCUGAUCAGGCUGCUCAUUUCCCUAAAGUUCUUGCCGAUGAAGUCGUUCCUGCCCCUCUUGGCAAGAUAUACAGUAUGAUGUUUGGUCCAGGAUCCAUAUGGAUGAAGAACUUCCUUACCGUAGACCAAAAGUGUUUCGAACUGACGAUGGAGGGGACAAAUGCGCAGCCUCUCUCUUUAGACAACAAAGUUCGAAAUUACACGUAUAUUAAGCCUUUGUCUGGUGCUAUUGGUCCCAAGCAGACCAAAUGUAUAAACAUGGAAACUUUGGACGCAUUGGACUUGGAAAGGGCUGUCUCCGUCACUGUGUCGACUCAAAAUCCUGAUGUGCCUAGUGGCAAUGUUUUCAGUGUCAAAACGAGGUAUUGUCUUACGUGGGCUGAGAACAACGCCACCAGAAUCCAGAUCAAUUGCAUCAUUGAGUGGACUGGAAAAAGUUGGCUUAAAGGUACUAACUUUUCUCUGGCUGUCGGAUGAUGGAAUGUUUACUGACAAAACAUUAGGUCCUAUUGAAAAAGGAACCAAUGAUGGACAAACUCAAUAUGCUAAAGAUCUCCUUGCGGCGUUGAAAGCUGGUGUCUCUUCACGCCGUCCAACCGCCACGACAGGAGGCAAAGGCAAGAAAAAAGGACGGAAAAGCCGCGAGUCGAGAAAUCUUAACAAAACCACCGAUGGCGCCGCUGAUCCCAAACCAACAGCGGACAGCUGGGGCCUGUUUGAGCCGUUGCAUGGAAUCUUCGGACCCGUCGUGGAUAUUCUGGGUCCAUUACUUACUGGCAACAUCCUCUACGGUCUGCUGGUCGGUCUACUGGUUGCCAGCUGGUUUCGGUAUGGGUUUACUGGCCGAGGAAACGCGACAAGUUCCAAUAUGGGAUUUCUUAGUACGCCGGAACGGGUAGCUGCUUACGAAGAAAUGUGGCGAAGGGAAGAGAGUGAGCUAUGGGAGUGGCUUGAGGAUCGAGUAGGCAGUGGAAGACUGAGAGAUAUCUCAAAGAUGCCAAUUGAAGCGAAGACUACCGAGGAGAGAUUGAGGAGUGAGAAGAUGGAUGAAAGGGAGAUUGAUGCUGCGAUUAAGGUCACGGAAGAGAAAUUGAAGGUUCUCAAAGAAUCUGUCAGGAGGAAAAAGGGUGCUCUAGGUGCGGUCAAGGCUGAGAGUGUUCAGGUUCCGAUUGUCGAGUCGCCUGCUGAGGGUGUGGUUGGAUGAUCAGGCGAUACAUAGGUGUUCGCUGAUAUCACAGACCGAUAGAUACCCAGUAAGGAGUAGUGGAGUGGGUGCGCGAUUAGAUUCAGUCAAUUGGCUGUAUAUUUGGAUACGGUCGGUAAACUUGUAUUGUAUGGGAAGAUGGAUGGAUUGAAGGCGUUGAUUCUGAUUUCUGAUUCUCCCUUUUUCUUCUUCUGUGUAGCGGCCUGUUGGUAGGUCGCUUGGUGAUGCGUACAUAGCGUGGGCUGACAAUACCAUAUUUCCUAGUUAAUGUAUUUUUUUCUCUAUUGCUCCUCUCCACUGGUUCAUUGUUUGUAUACUAUCUUCUUGCUAAGACAUACAUGUCGCCCGUUCUGACGGGAGGGAGAAGAGGUAUUGUGU